UUUCUAUCUUUUGCUUCUAGAUUUCUCCAUCUUCCUAAAGAGGAACAAUUUCCUAUUUGGUAAAACUGUGAUGGUACCAUGCAAAAAUCAGAUCCUCGAAAAGAUGGAGAAAUUAACAUACAGAGUAAUUAACACGUCAGAGGUCAGAGCAAGGUACUGGUGGAUCCAGGGAUAAAUCCCAAACUUCUUAACUUGUUGACCAGUUUUUAGUUCAUUGACUAUGCAGCCUAGUGAAAUAGACUGGAAUGAUGUCAGAAAACACAAAUAUGGUCACUUGUCAGCGUGUGCAUCCCAAUAUCGAGAAGCUAUUGACAUCCUGGAGCUAGGUCAUUUUACCUGGGACAAAUACCUAAAAGAAACAUGUUCAGUCCCAGCGCCUGUCCAUUGCUUCAAGCAGUCCUACACACCUCCAAGCAACGAGUUCAAGAUCAGCAUGAAAUUGGAAGCACAGGACCCCAGGAACACCACAUCCACCUGUAUUGCCACAGUAGUUGGACUGACAGGUGCUCGCCUCCGCCUGCGCCUUGAUGGCAGCGACAACAAGAAUGACUUCUGGCGGCUGGUUGACUCAGCUGAAAUCCAGCCUAUUGGGAACUGUGAGAAGAAUGGGGGUAUGCUGCAGCCCCCUCUGGGAUUUCGGCUGAAUGCCUCCUCUUGGCCCAUGUUCCUUUUGAAGACGCUAAAUGGAGCAGAGAUGGCUCCCAUCAGGAUUUUCCAUAAGGAACCACCAUCACCUUCCCACAACUUCUUCAAAAUGGGAAUGAAGUUAGAAGCUGUGGACAGGAAGAACCCUCAUUUCAUAUGCCCAGCCACUAUUGGGGAGGUGCGGGGCUCAGAGGUGCUUGUCACUUUUGAUGGGUGGCGAGGGGCCUUUGACUACUGGUGCCGCUUCGACUCCCGGGACAUCUUCCCUGUGGGCUGGUGUUCCUUGACUGGAGACAACCUACAGCCACCUGGCACUAAAGUUGUGAUUCCAAAGAGUCCCUAUCCUGCAUCCGAUGUGAACACUGAGAAGCCCAGCCUCCACAGCAGCACCAAAACUGUCUUGGAGCAUCAACCAGGGCAGAGGGGGCGUAAACCAGGAAAGAAGCGGGGCCGGACACCCAAGCCCCUAAUUCCCCAUCCCAUCUCUACCCCAUCCAAGUCAGCUGAACCUUUGAAAUUCCCAAAGAAGAGGGGUCCCAAACCUGGCAGUAAGAGGAAACCUCGGACUUUGCUGAACCCACCACCCACCUCACCAACAACCAGCACCCCUGAACCGGACACCAGCACUGUACCCCAAGAUGCUGCCACCAUCCCCAGCUCAGCCAUGCAGGCCCCCACAGUUUGUAUUUACUUGAACAAGAACGGCAGCACAGGCCCCCACUUAGACAAGAAGAAGGUCCAGCAGCUCCCUGACCAUUUUGGGCCAGCCCGCGCCUCCGUGGUAUUGCAGCAGGCUGUCCAGGCUUGCAUUGACUGUGCUUAUCACCAGAAAACUGUCUUCAGCUUCCUCAAACAGGGCCACAGUGGCGAGGUUAUCUCAGCCGUGUUUGACCGGGAACAGCACACCCUCAACCUCCCGGCAGUCAACAGCAUCACCUACGUCCUCCGCUUCCUAGAGAAACUCUGCCACAACCUUCGCAGUGACAAUCUGUUUGGCAACCAGCCCUUUACACAAACUCACUUGUCACUCAACACCACAGAGUACAGCCACAACCACGAAAGGUACCUACCAGGUGAAACCUUUGUCUUGGGGAAUAGUCUAGCCCGGUCCUUGGAACCACACUCAGACUCAAUGGAUUCCACCUUGAACCCCACCAACCUUGUCAGCACCUCCCAAAAUCUUCGAACCCCUGGGUACCGGCCUUUGCUUCCAUCCUAUGGCCUCCCACUGAGCACUGCCUCAGCUGUGCGUAGGCUGUGCUCCAGGGGCCCCAAGAAUUGGGCUGUAAUCUUACCCAGUUUCCAAGGUCUCUCUAGAAAUGGUCCCCAGAACCAAGGGACGGACCGAUACCUCGAAAACCGGGAUGCCUCUCGACUGAGUGGCCGGGACCCCUCCUCAUGGACAGUCGAGGACGUGAUGCAGUUUGUCCGGGAAGCUGAUCCUCAGCUGGGACCCCACGCAGACCUCUUUCGUAAACACGAGAUUGACGGCAAGGCCCUGCUUCUGCUGCGCAGCGACGUGAUGAUGAAGUACAUGGGCCUGAAGCUGGGGCCCGCACUCAAGCUCUCCUACCACAUUGACCGGCUGAAGCAGGGCAAGUUCUGAACAGGGAGAUGCAGCUGAGACACCUGGAGGGUGGAGCAGAUGGGGCCAGCAUUCUUCUCCCAGGAGGGAGGACCAUCAGCCCACUCCCAGGUGCCUCAGUGGGGUUCAGGGCCGCCACUACCCCCUCCUGCCAUGAUAUGUCCUUCCAUGAAGGACCGAGGAGGGGAGACCAGGGCUGGCGCUGCUCUUCCCCUCAGCCCUGCCUCUGCUUUGAGGUCCCAUGUAUUUAUUUCCCAAGCCUGGCCAGCCUCUCAUCAGGAGUUUAGACUGAACACCUUCUAAGCAAUGGAGGAAGGGGCCAACCUGAAGACUCAGAAGAUGGGGCCCUGAAUUAAUGCUCAUGCCCAGUCCCCUCACCACCUGCAGGGCCUGACGUAGCACCCGUUGCCCCACAGCUCCUGCCUUCUCUUCACAAGAUCCCCAGGCUCCGAGCUCAUGAUGUAGACCUCUACCUUUUUUUAAAAAAAAAAAAGAUCUUUUCUUAUUGUUAAUUUAUUGUUUCUGGCACCCGGACAAGCCCUCCAGUUCCCACUCCUCUCCCUCCAGACUUGGAGUUUCAGGAGUAGAGAGACUACCCUGCCCUGGUCCCAGAGAAGCGUGGCCCCUUUACAGAGGACAUUACCCCAGGACACUUUCUCUUUGGGAUGGACAGACCCAGAAAGCCUUGACCACAUUACUCCACAUGGGAGGAGAGGGUCCUUGUUACCUUCCCCUCUCUUCCUCCACUGGGCCCUCUGCAGCUUCAGCCUCAUCUGCGAGAAUGAGAGUCCUCUGCCCCACACUGUCCUCAUACAGUUCCUUGCUCUGGCCAGAACUGCUGUGGAAGAAGGUUGGGCCCAACGAUUUUAGGCCAAGAAGGCCCUAAGGUGGGUGGGAGGCAAGAGUCUCCAGGCUGGAAUCUGGCUGCACCUUCUUCACUGUCCACGUGCUUCCUUUGUAAGCAGGUCAGCAGCAUAGCUGCCCCGCUGCCGUCUGGACUUAUUUUAUGUCGAUUUGUUUAUAAAUAAAAAACAAUAUAGA